UAAUUACCUACUUUGUAAUAUUCUGCAGUAUGCCUACGGAGGCCUCUGCACCGUGGCCUGUUUCAUGGCCGCACUCAUUCGCGGAGGGCGUCAUCUCUCGUAGGAGCUUAACAUCCACUCGACCCACUGGCAGACCACUUGUGAUAGCAGAAAGAGUGGGUAUCCAAGUGGCCAUCCUCGGUGGGACGGUGCCCUUUAUAACGUCGACGCUUCCCUGAUAGUUGAUUAAUCCUUGAUUCAGCUCUUGAUUACUGAAAACAUCAUUGUGAAAGAACCCGCCGGCGAAGCCCGAUUUCAACCCUCCCUCGCCGCCUGCGUUCCCUCCCAGCACUUUCUUCCUUUCGCAACUCUCCGCCAAACGUGCUGCUCGUUUCCGCUAAUCUAAUCUACCGAUUUGUUGCCGCUUUGGGAGAUCAUCAUUAUGUCACGAACAACCGUUCUGCUCAUCGGAGCUGCGGGUGAGACCGGAGGUUCCAUCGCAGCCGGACUUCUCGAGCACCCGACUUUUGAAAUCCACGCCCUUAUUCGACCCCGCUCUGCUCAGAAACCAGCGGUUCUCGCUCUGCAGGACAAGGGAGUACACAUCCGUAAAUGUGAUCUGAAAUCGUCUGAGGAGGAGCUCGAAAAGGCGCUCUCCGAUAUCGAUGUCGUCAUCAGCUGUGUUGGAUCGGCUGAGCAGCAGGAUCAAAUCCCCAUCGCCAACGCAGCGAAGAAAGCCGGUGUCAAGCGAUUCAUUCCCUGUGGUUUCAUCACGGUGGCACCACCGGGUGGGAUUAUGUGGCUCAGGGACGAGAAAGAGGCCGUUUACAACCAUAUCAAACAGCUCCACCUUCCCUACACUAUCAUCGAUGUUGGUUGGUGGUACCAACUUGCGUACCCCCGACUCGAGUCUGGAAAACUCGACUAUGCCAUGACAACGUCGAACAACGAGAUUGUUGGUGAUGGCAAUACGCCCUUGGCCUUGACAGAUUUGAGAGAUAUUGGUCGCUAUGUUGCUAGAAUCAUCACGGACGACCGUACAUUGAACAAGAUGGUCUUCGCAUACAACACCGUUCUCACACAAAACGAGAUCUUCGGCCUUCUGGAAGAAAUCAGUGGUGAGCAGAUUACCCGAAACUACAUUUCUGAGGAAUUGGUUCAAAAUCGAGUUCUUGCCGCUCGUCAAUCAAGUGAAACCUAUCCUUUUGAUCCCGUCAAGUUCAUCCCUCGGUACCUGGCCGAGUACCAGCUCUCAUGGGGUAUCCGUGGCGACAACAACCCGGAAUAUGCCAAGUACCUGGGUUACCUGUUGGCCAAGGAUCUGUACCCUGAAUUCCAGCCCAUAGACUUCAAAGACUAUCUUAUCGAAGUCUUCCAGGGAACAGCGAAAGGAAUCUACACAGACCGCACCAUCUCCAAGGCACAACAGCGCAUGUUCCCACGAAGCGAGUCGACCGAUUCGUUGCAGGGUCGAUUCUUCCCGAGAACCGAAUCCAGCGACUCUCUUUAUAUGUCACGAUAGACGCACAUCCGUCGCAAAUGCAGGAACAUUUCACGAAUAUUACGAGGCGUGCCAGCAGGUCUCAGUACUUUGUUUUUCAGCAUAGAACAAUUUCCUUACCAAGGUUUCUUGGUACUUGCUUUUCAUUUGGCUAUCCGUCUCUAGAUUGCGGCGUUUGGACAUCACACGAGGUCUAUUGUAUCAGAGAUCUUUUAUAUACCUGUGGUAUUGCUUCAUUUCUUUGGUCAUAGAUAUAUGCAAUAGGGAUCAGACAAAUCCCCUUUCACUUAUU